UUGGAAAUUACUGUUUAAAAAAAUUGAAUUUCUGGUUUAACCGGUUGUACGUUGUAGUUGCUUUUUAUUUCUUGUGUUGUCUGUUUUUAUGCAAAAAAUAUGAACAAGAUAAUGUUGUGUGGAAGAAGUAGUUUUGCCUUGAAACAUUUGCGAGGUUUUAAAUUGUCUACGGUUUGUUCGAACCGUAAAUUUACCGCCGCAAUUCAAGAUACUUACGACGUUACCAUUGUGGGGGGUGGUAUUGUUGGAUUAGCUACUGCAAGAGAGCUUUUGCUUCGUCACCCCGGAGUUAAAUACGCCGUUGUUGAAAAAGAAAACGAAGUAAGUUUGCACCAGAGUGGACACAACAGUGGUGUAAUUCACGCUGGGAUAUAUUACACCCCUGGCAGUCUGAAGGCCAAACUAUGCGUUGAAGGUUUGGAACUCAUGUAUAAAUAUUGCGACCAGCAAAACAUUCCGUACAAAAAAGUUGGUAAACUUAUUGUAGCAGUUGAAGAAGAAGAAAUUCCCAGACUUGAUAACAUUUACAAGAGAGCAUUGCAGAAUGGUUGCACUGUUACUAUGUUGGAUAAACAUGAAAUAAAAGACGUCGAGCCACAUUGCAAAGGUUUAAAAGCGAUUCAUUCCCCGAAAACUGGGAUAGUUGAUUUUGCUGUCGUCGCACGAUCGUAUGGAAAACAGUUUGCAGAAGGAGGUGGGACAAUUCGAACAAAUUUUGAAGUUUCCAAUUUUAAGAAAAGUUCAAAGUUGGACUCUGGUGUUUUAAUCCAAGGUAAAGACCCAAACCAACAAAUUCAUUCAAAGUAUGUGAUUGUUUGUGGGGGAUUAUAUGCUGACAGACUUGCAGCUAAAUCUGGCUGUGAAAUUCUCCCUAAAAUCGUCCCAUUUCGUGGCGACUACCUUGUUCUUAAGGAAAGCAAAAGAGAUUUAGUCCGGGGGAAUAUUUAUCCAGUCCCUGACCCUAGGUUUCCCUUCCUUGGUGUUCAUUAUACACCUCGUAUGGACGGCAGCGUUUGGCUCGGCCCCAACGCUGUUCUUGCAUUUAAGCGAGAAGGCUACAAAUUCUUUGAUUUUAAUUUCAAAGACCUUUCUGAAGCGCUAUUGUUCUCUGGUCUUCAAAAACUUGUGUUCCGAAACUUUUCGGCAGGAGUCAACGAACUAUACAGGGUAGCAAAUAUGAAUGCUCAAGUCAAACUCCUACAGAGGUUUAUUCCUGAGUUAAAAAAGGAGGAUGUCGUCAAAGGACCUUCAGGCGUUCGUGCACAAGCCCUUGAUGAUAAAGGAAACUUGGUGGAUGAUUUUGUGUUCGACAGCGGUAAGGGAGAACUGAGUACAAACAUGCUCCAUGUUCGUAACGCUCCUUCACCUGCUGCUACCUCAUCACUUGCAAUUGCAAAAAUGAUUGCUGAUGAAGUGGAAACAAAAUAUCAGUUUUAACAAAUGAAAUAUUUUGUGUGUCAUUCAAAUCAUAGGCGCCAAACUUUUUAAAAUGCAAGGGAGGCAGUGACAGUUAAACCACAUUUCUUUGAAACAAAUCUAACUUAUUGAUUCUAAUGUUUACCGAUUAAUGCAGUGCAGAUAAUUCCUGAGCGUUCCGACCCUGCCACCCUAGCUUUGGUGCUUAUGCCUUAGAUUUCCAUGCACUUAUUUUAAUUAAAUUUUAUUCUUUAAUAAGAUUUUAAAACAUCGCUAUACUAAUUUACAUCACAGUUUUUUAAUAUGGUAGCCACUAAACCAUUGCAAUUGUUUUAGUGUUAAUUCCUGAGUGCAAUGUUUUAUUUUAUUGCCUACAUUAGUUUGUUUUACAAUGAAAUAUUUGAAUUAUUGUUAAAACAAAUUAAUAAAGUUAGCAUACUAGAUUGUUUUUGUGCUGAUGAUCUGCAUCAUGUUUCAGUCAAACUAAAAAUUGUUCGAUACAUUAAUCUGCAAACCUCAUGCGAUCAUGCACUGUAGGUUAUAUUAUAUACCAUUUUGUUGAAUGCUAUCAGUUGCAAUGAAAAUGUUAGUGUUACAUUUGUACAAGCAAAACUAAAACUCAAGUGGUUACUGGUUAUUGUUAUAAAUUGUGUUUAUCAUAUGAUGAAAUGUGUUAUAUAGUUUGUGCCAUGAUCAUUCGUGUAAAAUUUUUAACUUUUUUUUUGCACUGCAUGAUUAUUGGUUUGUUGCUUUAAAUUUAUCUUGCUGUAAACGAGGUGAAAAACAAUGUUUUGAUGGUUUUUAAUGAUGAACUUUCAAAGUUAGAUAUGUAGGUUAUAAGCGGGCACGGGAUGUUUGAAACAGAACACCCGUGUGUCAUAACAGUUGUCAUUGCCAUUUAAGAAUAAACAAUUUACUUUUAUCGAAUAAGUGGUGCUUGUGUGAAUUGGGUUUAAUAAUUAUUAUUAUAAUUGCAG